AUGAAUUCACUCGUUACUCAAUAUGCUGCUCCGUUGUUUGAGCGUUAUCCCCAACUUCAUGACUAUUUACCAACUUUAGAGCGACCAUUUUUCAAUAUUUCGUUGUGGGAACAUUUCGAUGAUAUCGUCACUCAUGUAACUAACGGUAGAUUUGUUCCAAGCGAAUUUCAAUUCGUUGUAGGUGAAUUACCAUUAAGUACGUUGCCCCCUGUACUAUACACCAUCGCUGCUUAUUAUGUUAUUAUUUUUGGUGGCAGAUUUUUGUUAAGUAAGUCGAAGCCAUUGAAAUUGAAUGGCCUUUUUCAAUUGCACAAUUUGUUUUUAACUUCCCUUUCAUUGACGCUAUUAUUGCUUAUGAUUGAACAGUUAGUGCCAAUUAUUGUUCAGCACGGGUUAUACUUCGCUAUCUGUAAUAUUGGCGCUUGGACUCAACCGCUUGUUACAUUAUAUUACAUGAAUUACAUUGUCAAGUUUAUUGAAUUUAUAGACACCUUUUUCUUGGUGCUAAAACAUAAAAAAUUGACAUUUUUGCAUACUUAUCACCAUGGCGCUACUGCCUUAUUAUGUUACACCCAAUUGAUGGGCACCACCUCUAUUUCUUGGGUCCCUAUUUCAUUGAACCUUGGUGUCCAUGUGGUUAUGUAUUGGUAUUAUUUCCUAGCCGCCAGAGGCAUUAGGGUCUGGUGGAAAGAAUGGGUUACCAGAUUUCAAAUUAUUCAAUUUGUUUUGGAUAUCGGUUUCAUUUAUUUUGCUGUCUACCAAAAAGCAGUUCACUUAUAUUUCCCAAUUUUGCCACAUUGUGGUGACUGUGUGGGUUCAACGACAGCCACUUUUGCCGGUUGCGCUAUUAUUUCUUCAUAUUUGGUACUAUUCAUCUCAUUCUACAUUAACGUUUAUAAGCGUAAAGGCACCAAAACCAGUAGAGUGGUAAAGCGUGCUCACGGUGGUGUUGCCGCAAAAGUCAAUGAGUACGUUAACGUUGACUUGAAAAACGUUCCUACUCCAUCUCCAUCGCCAAAACCUCAACACAGAAGAAAAAGGUAA